AUAGGAAGUUGUCGUUAUGUUAAGACUCUCAAUUCUACUGCUGCUUUCUGCGACGGUGUGUUUGGUCCAGGCCGGAAUAUUCGACAGCAUGUACUGCGGACGACACAAUUGUUACGAGAUUAUGGAUAUUGAACCGACAGCGACAAAGAAAGAGAUAAAUAAACAGUACCGGAAAUUAGCAAAGGAUUUGCAUCCUGACCAUAAUAAGGCGGAGGAUGCCCACGAGAAGUUUGAAUUGUUGGUGGCAGCGUACGAGACGUUAAGAAAUGAAGUUUCCCGGACCAACUACGACUACCUACUCGAAAACCCUGACAUCUACAUGGAGCAUUUUUACCGGUUCUUUUCUCAUUCUACUCCCAAAGUUGAUGUCACUCCCAUUCUUAUCAUUUCCCUUAUCGUCCUUUCUUUACUUCACUAUUUCCACAAGCACAGCUCGUACAACAGAGCGAUAGACUACGCACUCAACGUGCCACAUAUACGUAACCAGGCGAAGCAGUUGGCUGAAUCAGAGGGUCUUCUUGAAAAGAAAUUCUUCAAAGGAAUGUCAAAAGAGGAACAAAGAUUGCUAGAAAAGAAAAUCUUAAGAGACAUAGUGGAAUCCAAGCUGGACAUCCAGGGAGGAUACCAGAAACCAGAGUGGACGGAUAUCUUGGCUUUUCAACUUCUUAUGUUACCAUUUGUAUGGGGUAAACUGGCUUGGUUCCAUACAAAACGCUUCUAUAAAUACAAGAUAAGGAAAGAAGAAUUUGACGAGGACGAAAAAGAUUACCGAACAAGAAUGUGUAUAGGCCUAAACGAAGUUCAGUGGGAAGCUGUAUCAGAAGAGAAGAAAGAUUCGCUCUAUAAUAAGGAACUAUGGUACGAGGCUAACGCAGAGGCUUAUUUAGAAGAACGGAAGGACAUGGAGAGAAUGGCCAAGGCUACAAACAACAAAUACAAACAACAGAAGAGAAUGGCGAAGAAGGACAAAGUACCAGACAACUGGAACGACUAACUUUUUUCAGAGAAGAAGGCGAAAAUUUUGGAAGAUCAACCAUCCACUGAACCCCGGUCUUCUGAAUUGAGAGAUUUUAAGAGCACGUUAUUUAAAAUGAAAUGACACAUUUCAGUCAACAUAGGAUAUUAGGAUUCUGUUUCGUUAGGCGUUCUUGUGAGAACUUUUAAAUCCACCUGUAUACAUUAACAUAGAUACAUGAAUAAAUAAUGUUUUAAUAAUUUAAAAUCGUUGUAUGUAUUUUAUUAUCAUGCUCUCCAAGAUUUUCUUUUUAGUUUCAUAUAGGAAGUGCCGUCUAGAGUUUGCCGCACCAACAAUAGGUUCCAGCUCAUUAAAUAUGUUUAAUUUGUAAAAUGGGCUGGGGAAUAGUUAUGAUUUAUAAUCAGUAUAUAAUAAAUAUAUAAUUAGUUCUUCAGUACGUAAUAGUAGUCCUUCAGUAAAGGACCCUAUGGAUAAUAUGGAAAUUAGAAUACGAUUUUUCAACUGAAUAUAAACGAUAGUUCCAUCUAGUCCUAGUUCUCAGUCUUAACAUGAAUAAAGGAUGUCUUACAUAUUAUAUCUUUUUUUCAGAAUUUCCAUCUAUAAUGCCUUUGUAAACAAGAGCUUUGUCAACACACGGGAAUAUGUAUAUUUCAGCAUCUUGAAGUAAGGGGUACUUCACAUAGUAGGUAAUCAGCUGAGGGGGCCGGGGGAGGGGGGGAGGGGGAGGGAGUUUCCAAGUGAUUACGCUAGUGUGAUUUUGACACAAUAGCUCUAUGUAAAACUAGUUAAGGAGGGGGGGGGGUCAUUACGUAAUAUGUGAACGACCCCUAUACAAUAAGAUGCAUGUUCCUAGAGGGGCCUAGAUUAAGAUCUUUAUAUCGGAAAUUCAAUAAUCAAUAUACCAUGAUGGUAGGCAUAUUGUAUGGGGACUAUGAGAAACCCUAGGAGAGUCACCGUCAUAAGUACUGAACUUGACAAAUGACAAUGGAACCAUUGCAAAUUUUAAUGUGAUUUCUCUCAUAUUGAAAAUUUCCAUUUGAUACCCCGUUGAGAAAUUGAAGUGUUCAAGUUUUAUUCUGUUUAUUGACCAUGGGGUCCUAAAAGGCGACGUUUGCAGUACAUUGUACAUUGUACAUUUUAUGGGGGUAUUAGAGUGGUAGCUUAUUUUAACGUUCCCGUCAUGAUACAUAACCAUACAUAGAGUUAGCAGUAGUAGUUUGGGGUUACAAACUAUCUUUUGUGUCAUAUAGUUCAGUUUGCAAUUAUGUACAAAUCUCACAGAUUUUCAACCUUCUGACAGAUUAUAUGUAUUUGUUCGAUACUGUAGUUCUUAUUUAUUUCAUGGUUUAUCCGA